CGAAGACAGGAAAAGAAAAUCAGUCUAGUUGCAGUUGAAACUCACACAAUACAGGGAAACUGCAUUUUUCAAUUAUACAAUACAUAUUUGAACAUGAAAUUAUGUUAAAAAAAACUAAUAUUUGUCUUUCACAGUCACAGUAUUCUCACACGUUUCUGGUCUCUGCUCUACCAUGCCCUAGUAGAGUUUCUACAGCCUUUCUCCUGGUCACGUUUUUGGUCUGCGAGCGCGUACAUAGAACGAAUGAAAGAUAGCGAUAGGAAGAAGGAGAGAACUGACUCCGCCAAUCAGAUGUAGUUACUACGCGAGCUUGAAAUUUCAUUGGACCAAUCCAGGCUCUCCCACCUGACGACCGUCAAUCAGCUGAGCCUCUUUUCCCGUAGCUUCUGUGUUGGAGAAUCACAGUGUAGCCUAGCUCGUUAAGGCUGCCUGGUCGGAGCAGUCGUUCUGCGUGCUAGUGAGUCAGGAAUGUGUAGACUUUGGACAGGCGAACACUUAGAUGAACCGUCAAAACUAAUUCACUUAGUUAUUCGCUUAUUAUCAGUCAGAGAAUGUAGCACAUAGUCGAUAAAUCCCGGUCUGCAACCAACUUAAAAAAAACAGUGUAACAUCAAACUAAAUGCAAACAUUAGUUUAGCCAGUAACGUUAAACAGUUUAGCCAGCUCAGCGCCGUUAGCUAAGUAGCUAACUUGGCUAAUUCAUUGCGCAUCAAUUGGAUAGCGAUGCUAGCCAGUGAUAGAAAACUGUCUUAAGUUCUCUUUUAGUUCCAACAAACUAGCAAGUGCGCUAGUUUAGUGAAACAUUAUGGUAUGGGUCAAAGGGAUAUUGCGUCUUACGAGACUUCGAUGAAGAGGAAAAACCGAAAUCGAGCAGCCUCUAUGUGCCGACUAGAUGUGGACUCCGCUGCGAAGGAAGUUGAGCAACCGAGAGAUGCCCUUUCCUCGUCAAGGUAUCUGCUGGGCCGUGGUGUGAAGCGUAAGCUGAGCGAGUGCGAUGUCGCCGGUGACGCUGCACCUCUGGGCCUGCCCUACCCUCAGCAGCGGCAGCUCGUGCUGGACCUGUGCCUGGACAAGCUGCAGAGCUGCCAGCGGCGGGCCGAGCCCAGCCUGCACCGCUCGGUGCUCCUGGCCAACACGCUCCGCCACCUCCAGCAGGAGAUGAGGCAGGAGGGCUCGCCUGCCGCUGCCUGCCCUCCCCCGCCGCCAGCCCCGUCGCUGCACGCCCUCACCCCGCGCCACGCCCCCGACCUGCCGCCCGUGCCCUCGGACCUCCAGCCCGUUCGUGGCCCCCCGGCGUCGCCCGCGUCCGGCUCCGAUGCGUCCGGCGCACAACUGGACGACGGCUCUGCCGUCCACCCAGCAGCCCCGCUCCAGGACACGCUGUUCGGCGCGUUUGAGAUCACGAGUUCCGCCAGCUGCUACCUGUCCGACCUGCCGCUGGACGACAUCUUCGAGGACAUCGACACGUCCAUGUACGACGCCACGGACUUCUCCGCCCUGGCGCUCACCCCGGCGCAGAGAGGUAGCGCGGCCGGGGGCGGCAGUAACAGCGGCGACGACGGACUCAAGGGGUUCCCCUCCUCUGGCUGCGCCCCCUCCUCAGCCCUUCAGUUCUGCCUCACGGACCUCAACGACCUGGACCACAUCAUGGAGAUUCUGGUGCAGUCCUGAGCAGCCCCCCACACCACCUCUGCUCUCACUCUAUACAGAGACCUUAAUCAUGAACCUCUUUCUGGUAUGCUUUUUUUUUUUUUUAAAAAAGAAGAGAAAAAGACAAGAAAUGGUAAAAGUGAAUCUAUUUUUAUACAGAUAACUAUCUCAAAUAUAUUUAUAUUAUGAAGGAGAUUGACGUCAACCUGCCUGACCCACACUUGUUCGCUGUAGGAUGUAUGCAUACAUGCGUAACCCUUUCUGGCUCCAGCCUGGCCUGAGUUAAAGCCAUCCCCUCGCCGCAGACACUGCAUCUGUCUGCACGGACCUCAGCGACAAACGCUCAAGUACUACUGUUCAUGAGACUUACCUGCAUCACAGCCCUUCAGGAAAACCUGAAGAAAUAUCCCAGGAGCAAAGCCAGGGGUGCAAUAUGAAAUGUUUUACCAUUUUACAAAAUGUAGAUGACUUUUUGACCCCCCCCCCGCCCAACUCACCACUAAGUAUUGGUGGAGCAUUACAUUUGCUAUCAAUAACUCUACCGUCUGAUCAUGACAUGCACAUCCGACAACACUCGCACUACCUCUCAACAACCAAGAGCUCACUAUCAAUAUUUUACUAUAUAAAGUCAAUGUUUUAGCAGUCUUGUGUUCCCGACUACAACAACAACAAAAAACAUCUGACUAUUGUCAGUCUUGCUGUGUAGUAUCGGAGGAAGGCUACGUUUCCCCCAUUGUGACCCAAGUCCACAGCGCUGUUUGUUUCUGCCAACUAUCUUCUAUGGCAGGCCUUGUUUUCCUUGUUGCUUUGGCCAUGUGUUCAGCACCUCAGGUCUGAGGUGGACAGGGACACCCGUUUCUGCAGGAGGACUGGGGCGUUUGGGUCUGAUAAAAUGUCAGGCUUGUAGAUAACUGCUGAAGAGAGAUUCUUUACACAGCCACACAUUUCGUCUCUUCCUGGUUUUAUACAUAGAAAUUGUUUUAAGAUGAAGAAAUCUGCAUUUAUACAUUUUUGACUUUAAUGAUUGUGGCGAGUACAGACAUGCUCUGGCAUCCUGCUGAAUGAACUUUAGUGCCUAUAAACGGAGGACAAGAAGACUGGCAAUGGUGGAACUACACACUGUGCCCCC